UAUCAGUUUUCCUGAACAUCUAUGUUUGCUGACAUUUUUCUUAGAAACAGACAGAUACUAUAACACAAUGUCAAAUGAAUUUUGAUAAGAUUCUUGACAUGUUGUUUUUUUGAAAAUAACAAGUGCAGGUUGUGACCGUUGUGUGAUUUGGCAGCGUGUAUAAAAAGGGAUCAGCGUCAAGGUUAUUCGUCCAGUUCUUUGCCAACGUCUCAGGAACAAGGAUGUGGAACUUUGCAUUUCUUUUUCUCACAGCCCUGUUUGCUGUCGGCUUUGGUCAAGUCCCAGGAGGUUUGACGGAUGUAGACGUCAACGACAAAGGAGCCAAAAUUGCUCUGAGCCAUGCUAUGGAUGAAUACAAUAGGGGCUCUGGUGACGAUUACCUGUACAAAGUGGUGGAGGUGAUCAAAGUUCAAGGACAGGCGGUGGAGGGUUACGUGUACAUUAUAACUGUGCGCAUCGCAAGAACCCUGUGCAGGAAGGACAGCGUUAUUGGAUUGUGCUCCAUUACAAAUCCAGCUCUAGUUAAGAUUUACCGUUGCAAAUUCGUUGUGUGGAGUCGUCCAUGGCUUAAUGAUUGGCAGCUACUAGAAGCAAAGUGCCACUAGAAGAUAAAGAGAUCCUGCUGUCUUCAAACCUGCCUUUAGAAAUUUAAAAUAAAAACAAAAAAGCUCUCAAAGUACUAUCAGUUCAAAACUAAAACGCCUUUGACAAAUAAAACACUUCAUCCAGAAAUUAAUGCUUAAGGUCUUUCAUGAGUCUUUGUCAUCUGUGCUUACGUGCCUAAACAUUAGUCAGCGGUUGGUUAUUACUGUCUGCAGGAUAAACAUGCAGAUAAUAAUGACACAGUCUUGGAUUUGGCUAAAAACUGAAUAAUCAUGACGAAAGAAAAUAGUUUUUUUUAAUGAUUGGAGAGGGACUUUCAGUGACAUUCUCCUCAAAUUAGAAGAAAUUGAGCACAUAUAAACACUUACGGAAAAACAUUUUCUAUAUAUUUAUAUAUAUAUGUAAUAUAUAACUAUAUAGUUUUUUGCCAAUUAAAAAUAAGCUGCUUCAAAUUAGCUGAAUGUAUUUUUACAGUCUUAAAAGUGUACCGUAA